AUGGCUGCCGGAGUAGCAAACGGAGCGGGGCGGGAAUCGAAGGGUAAAGGGAAGAGUGAGGGAGGAGAGGGUGGGCUGAACCUUUUAAGAGAUUUAGAGCUUUUUAAAAGAGUAGACUUUGACUUGGUGCAAUCAAGUGGUGCACGCUCUAUUUUGAUAGGCCAUUUACUAGGAACAUAUAUUGAUAAGAAAUGCCCAUUUACCGGAUCUGUUUCUAUCAGAGGCCGUAUCAGGACCAUUAUUGUUCGAAGGAACUACCUUCACUUCAUCAAGAAGUACCAAAGGCAAAUUGUGAUGCACAGUAACAUCCCAGCUCAUAUAUCCCCCUGCUUUCGUGUUAAAGAAGGAGAUCAUGUUAUAAUCGGGCAAUGCAGGCCGUUGUCGAAGGCAGUGAGGUUCAAUGUCUUAAAGGUCAUUCCAGCCGGGUCUUCCGGUGGAGGGAAGAAGGCUUUUGCUGCCAUGUGAGAAGGUGUAUUCACCGUAUGAAUUUCGU